AUGGCCUCCCGACCGACUGUUACGAUCGCCACGGCUGAGGGCAAGCCCAGCGGUGCUACGCACCCUCUGCCCACCGUUUUCAAUGCCCCAAUUCGUCCCGAUAUUGUCCAGUCGGUGCACACUGGAAUCGCGAAGAACAGGAGACAGCCAUAUGCCGUGAGCGAGAAGGCCGGCGAGCAGACCUCCGCUGAAUCCUGGGGUACUGGACGUGCUGUUGCCCGUAUCCCCCGUGUCUCUGGCGGUGGUACGCACCGCGCCGGUCAGGCUGCAUUCGGUAACCAGUGCCGCUCUGGUCGUAUGUUCGCUCCCACCAAGGUGUGGCGCAAAUGGCAUCAGAAGAUCAACUUGGGACAGAAGCGUUUCGCAACCGCCUCUGCCCUAGCUGCUUCUUCGGUUCCAUCCCUCCUCUUCGCCCGUGGCCACCGCGUCGAGAACGUUCCCGAAGUUCCUCUUGUCGUCGACUCCAAGACCUUUGAGAAUGGUGCUAUUGCUAAGACCAAGGCCGCUGUCUCCCUCCUCCAGGCCGUUGGUGCUGGCUCAGACCUCGUUAAGGUUAAGAAAUCCCGCAAGCUUCGCGCUGGUAAAGGUAAGAUGCGAGGACGCCGCUACCGCCAACGCCGCGGCCCUCUUGUUGUCUACAACCCCGAAGUCGACGGCAAGGAGCUUGUCAAGGCCUUCCGCAACAUCCCUGGUGUCGAGACAUCGUCCGUUUUCUCCUUGAACCUCCUCCAGCUCGCCCCCGGUGGCCACCUCGGCCGUUUCAUCGUCUGGACUUCGUCUGCCUUUGCUGCCCUCGACCAGAUUUACGGUAGCACCUCUGCCCCAUCCGCCCUUAAGAAAGACUACCUCCUCCCUUCGAACAUCGUCUCGAACGCAGACAUUACCCGCCUCAUCAACUCUUCCGAAGUCCAGUCCGUUCUCAGAGCGCCAAAGGGUGACGCCAGAACCAAAAGAACCGGUGUACAGAAGAAGAACCCUCUCAAGAACAAACAGGUCAUGCUCCGACUCAACCCAUACGCCGGUGCCUUCUCCAAGCAGAAGCUUGGUCAGGCUCCUAUCAAGGCUGGCAAGCCAGAGCGCGCUGGCGAGACUUUCCACAAGAUUCUUAAUGAGAAUUAG